CAACACUCUGCAAAUCUUCUCUCUCUCUCUCUCUCUCUCUCUCUCUCUCUCAGAGAUGGCUGUUAAAGAACCGGAGUUCUUGCUGCCGCCGGAGUUUCUCACCGCCGACGAUGUUCUCGCCGGUUUUUGUUACCCCAGCACCUUUGAGAAAACCGCGGUGAAGACGAAGACGAAGCCCGACCCUGACCUCUGCUUCCCGGCGGAGUUCCCGUACGAUCUCUGCUCUUCCCCGGCGGCGUCUACCGGGACGGAAAGCGACGAGGAGGAGUUCCUCGCUGAGUUGACUCGCCGCUUAACUCGCUCCUCUCUCGACGACACUCUCAAGUCCACCUCCCCUGCUCAAAAUCACUUCGAGAGUUGGCUUCUGUGUGGUUCGCCCCAAUCGACUCUGGGCCGAAUGGGGAGUAUGAGUGCCGGGUCGGGUUCACCGAACGGGUCAUCUCAGAUAUCCUCUCCGACUACCCCACUUGCUGCGAAGAGCGACGCCUGGGAUCUGAUACUUCAGGCCGCCGCCGGUCAGGUUGCGAGGCUGAAAAUGAGGGCCCGAGAACAACUUCCGGGGACUCCAACUUUCGCUCCGCUUCCCCCUCACGCCGCCUUGCAAAAUGUUAGGUUACACAAACCGCCGGUGGGGGCUCAAAUGGUGAAGCAGGGCUGCGGCGGCGCUAUGUGGGAUAACGGAUGCUACAUUGAACCACCGCUCUUCCAGGCUCGAGCCUCUCGCGCCGCCUUGCACGGCGGCGCUGUGCCGUUUGUGGAAAAUGGAAGGUACGGCAGGCCGUUGGUGGGCGGCGCCGCGGGCCACGCAGCCGCCUUGCGCUCCCUGCAUUUUCAGCAUCAAACUCAGUCCGGUCGGCCUGCUAUGCCUUUCGGUGGUUCCGGCGCCGGCGGAGUGAAAAAGGAGCGCUCCGGCACCGGUGUUUUUCUCCCAAGAAAAUAUGGCAAUAACACCAAACCCAUAGAUUCUGGGAACAAAACAGGAUGCUGUAAUCCUACUACUGCUAAGCUUGUUCAUGCUCUGCAUUCCAACAUUGAGGACAUCAAUAAUGGCUCAGUUCUACCUCGGCUAAAUGGUGUUUUUGUUUCAGAUUAUGAAAUGUUGAUUGCAAGAAGGAAUGCUGCAGUGCUAGCCCAGCAGCGGAGGAAUUUCCGGCAAGAACUUGCCAUUAGCCAUGAAGUAUGUCUGCCCCAGGAAUGGACUUAUUGACAUUGCAGAGUUUCUUCAAGGAUUGUCUCUCAUGAUUUCAUAUAAAAAAAAUGGUGUUUUUUGAGCUUAGGAGAAGGGUAGUUGUUAGGUAAGUCCAAUAAUAGAUGCAAAAACCCAAAAAAAAAAAAGAAAAAAAAAUCAAAUGGGUUCAACUCCAGCUUUUCAAAAGUUAAGGCCCCAGGAAGAAGAAGAAGCAAUAAGUAUUAUUAUUAUUAUUUCUUUGUUUUUUUUUUUCUUAAGGUUUCAGAAACAUAUUCUGAAAUGUUUGCAGAAAGAUAGUUACUAGCUAGAAGGUAGUAGAAGAAGAAGAUGGGAUUUGAUUUAUUUUUCUUCUUUUUUUGGUUAAAUAAAGUUUAAUAAUUAUUAUUAUUAGCAUAAAUAUCUGGUGUUAAGAUUAUUUUGGGUGUUGGGUGGUGUGAUCUCUGCAGACAAGACAAGCAGACAACAUAGUAUUAUGGUUUCAUUAUUAAUUAAUGUAAAAUAAGAAAUGGGGUGUGUUUAAUUAGUUUCUUCUAUAAUCUCUUCUGCAGAGUGCAGAUGAGAAGCAUUGAAUAUGUACAUGUUUCUUCUGUGUGUUUGUUUAA